AUGAAAGGGGGUAUCGUGCCCUAUGCCGAUUUUACUUCUUCGGCUCUCUGGAGAAGAACUUGCGACUACCAGGGGUCGAAGCUCCAAGAAGCUUCGCCGUGGCGGGCCUGCCGAGGGUACCGGAAGGCCCGGCGAGCCUUCGAUAUCAUGCACCUUUGCCACUUGGGCUUCAUCCGUGACGUCAUCGGAAGUGUUUUGAAGGACACCUUGGAGAGCGGUGAGCUGCAGAGGUUUGUCCAACUGCCUGGAGGAACCUGGGACGAGUGCUUGCACGCUUGGACAAGGAUGGCACAGCGAUUUGCAAAGGACCGAAAACUUGAUCUCUACAUGAAACCACUGACAGCCGCCAACUGUGGAUUGACUCAGAUCGCCUACCCGGAGUUGACUUCGAGGGUGAAGGCCAGCAAAGCAAGGGUUUUGCUGGCUUUCACUUGCCACUUCGAUAUGGCAUUGGAUCAAGAGGGAGCGAACUCACAUGCUUUGCUGCGGCAACGAAUGGUUUGGAACCUUGAUUCUGCCCUCUCCAUCUUCGGAACGGCGAGCCGCCCGCAUGCUGCAACUUCCGAUGUCCAUCUCGGCUGCCGACGCUUCACAACAUUCUUGUUGAGCUAUCAGAAGCUGGCUCUGAAUGCACUGCAGCAGCAGCGGCUGCUGUUCAAGCUGAGACCCAAGCUGCACUACCUCCAGCACCUCAUUCUGGACACGCAGCAGACGGAAUUGAACGCAAUGGCGAUGUCGAAUUUCGGUGAUGAAGACCACAUGAAGGUUCUCAAGUCCGUCAGUCAUGCAUGUCAUCCGGGGAAGGUUCUCACGAGCUGGGCCAAAAGGUAUCUCAUCAAGAAGUGCCUCUUGCUGCGACGUUACGAGUACAGGCCGCAGUCCUGA